UUCCAAGAUCUAUAUUUCUUUCUGUCACGUCUUCUUUCUAAGUUUCUGAUCUGUUUUCUCCUCACAGCCUCAUACUUCUCAAGUCACCACCACCAAGCCUCAACUCACAUUGUUACUUCACAACGCAACCACCCUCUGUUCUCUCUCCACUCUGUCUCUCUCUUUCUCCUCUUCGAGACAAUUUUCGGUUCCAACUUCCAAGUCUCACCUUUUUCACACCUGGUCUCAUUCUCUUUUCUCUGUCUCUUGUCUUUCCUCUCAGAGGCUGUGCACCACCCCUCAGUGAGAGUGAACGUGUCCCACUCCUCCCUGUUCUGUGUGGAGACCUGGGGGACAGACCUUAAAUUCAGCUGGCUCCACGAGCGGGCAGCCAUCACCGAUGUUGUGGGACACGUGUCGCCUGAUGGGAAGACCCUGUUCGUCUCCUCCGCCCCCAUCUGUGGUCACUUCACCUGCAUGGUGAGCAACAAGCUGGGCCACAGCUCUGCCACCUACACAGCAGAGCCGUGUGAGAGAGAGGGCAAAAGGACCACGGUGGCAGUGGUCUCUGUCAUCAUCCUGCUGGUCUGUGGAGCAGCGCUAGCUUUUCUACUGUGGAGGAGACACAAAUUAUACAGUAACAGAGGAGAGAGGCUUCAGGAGCAUUUUGAGGACAACUUGUAACGGUGAACCAUUGAUUACAGUACCCAAGUUAUUUCGCUACACUCCCCUACUCAAAGAUGGACUCAUAAAAGUACAGUAAGUGUACAAAACGCUUUGGGAGGAGCUUCCUGCCCUGUGAGCAGCAUGACCUUUCAAUGCAUUGGAACAAUGUGGAGAGUGAACUGCUUGUUGGCCAAUUGACGAGUUCUAAAAAUGGAAAGAUCAACUUUCGCCCAGUGUGUUGACUGUUUUUGUAGUAGCUAUCAUUUUUAUACUACCUCCUCUUGAUAUUCUUUUUAUAUAAUGCUCUAAAAUAAUUUGUUUUAAAAACAA